UUCACAUCACAAACCAAACUUGCCAUUCUUCACAAAACCACAAAGCAUGGCAUCAAAACUACUACUAAGCCUUUCUCUGCUACUCCUAACUCUCACCCUCCACACGUCUUGCACCACCGCACUUGCCAAACGAACCAACCCAAACCCAACAAUAACAACAACAACAGACUUCAUCAAGUCCUCAUGCAAGGCCACGCGCUACCCCGCCGCGUGCGUGCAAACCCUCUCGGGCCACGCCAGCGCGAUCCGCCAGAGCGAGCAGCAACUCGCCGUCACGGCUCUCUCCGUGAGCGUGUCCAAGACGCGCUCAUGCGCGUCGUUCGUGAAGAGAAUGGGCUCCGUGAAGGGAAUGAAGCCCAGAGAGUACAACGCACUGCGUGACUGCGUGGAGAACAUGAACGACAGCGUGGACCGUCUCAGCCAGUCGGUGAAGGAGCUCGGGCUCGUCAUGGGUAAGGGCAAGGGUAAGAAGGACUUUACGUGGCAUGUGAGUAAUGUUCAGACUUGGGUUAGCGCUGCCAUCACUGAUCAGGACACGUGUCUUGAUGGGUUUGAUGGGCCCCACGUGGACGCCAACUUGAGGGCUUCCGUUAGGCCCAGGGUUGUGGAUGCUUCUCAGGUCACUAGUAACGCUCUUGCACUGGUUAAUCGCUUUGCCUCCAAGUAUCGUUCUGCUUCGCAAACUUAAACUUCAUGAGUCUUAACUCGUCAUUAUGUGUGCUUAAUGGUUUAAUUUGUUCAAUUCUAUCUUCGUGGUUUAGUACCCCAAUAAGUCUGCAUGCGGUUUAAGCUGGUUCUAUGCUACUGUAUUAGACUGUGGCGCAUGUUGUGUAAGUGUAAAUGGGGAUUAUAAUUUAUUUGGUUUAAUUGUCUCGUGUUUAAUAAAUUUGUGAUUUGGAAGGCAUUUUGAAUAACCAGAAAAAUAAUUUUUAUUUUGAGUAA